GUCGCUGGCAAGAAAACGGAAUUUGGCUUUGAUAUUGCCUGCGCAGGUAGUUUGAUAUAAAAGUCUGCAGACAUGCAAGACGUGCUCUUUUUCUCCCCUGCCCGCCAUCUUUACUGGAAAUAAAAAGGCACCCAUUUUCUCGCGCUGGUUCAUUUCUCCCCCCUCACUGUUGUUUUCUUCAUCCCCUAUUCAGCCGUCUGCCUACGCUCAGCGAUAUUCCAAUCAAUCGGAUUUCCCCCUUUCUUCUCAUUGGAAUCCAUCGCCUUACUAAUUUUCUUACUCAUUGAACCACGCUGUCUUUUUCGCGCACUGACUAUUCGACGCACUUGCCCAGACAGAAACGGCAAACGCUACUUCCCACACACUCAGGUAACGGCCAAGCAAGACUAGCCUAGAAUGAUGGCAGCACAAACUAUAGACUACCCUGUGGCCGAAUGGCCGACUAGCAAGCGAACUGCAGCGAGCAAUCGCAAAUCAUGUACAUUUGCGGCCUCGUCCCUUCCACUUUUAGCCAGGCGCAGUAUGCGCGUCAAUGGAGAUCCGCCAGAGUUUCUUGUCUUCUCACUGAGCGCUGGUGCUGAUCGCGCCUUGUUUUUGACUCGUAUCAUUCAGCUCGCAAUCGCCAUACAGCCUACUUCGAAGCAGGGGGCCAGAAUCGUGCAUCUCGACGCUUGUGUAUGCCCGCGCCUGCAUAUCAUCUAUUUUUAUCGUCGACUAUAUCUGUCCUCAGCAGCACCCCUAUGCAGCACCAGCAGGAUCAGCAGCACCAGCACCAGCACCAGCGGCAGCAGGAGCCACCUGCAGGCACAUAGCCAGGGCUUAUCGCACAGCAGCUAUCGCGACAGGCUACUCGCAUGGCACCAGCGCCAGGUCCAGCAGGCGGCCGACCCCAGGUCUGAUGGCCAAGGAGCCAGCAGCUCAGGAGGACCCAGGGCUAUUGCCAGUGGGAUCGACAUCACUGUAUCUCACAGAGGCGGAGGAGCGGCAGCGGCCGGAAGCUCAACGCGCCGCCAUUCGACCAACAGCAAUCAAGGCUCGCAGGCGACCGUGGCACACACCCACGCGGUAGCAGCUCACAAAAACCCAGCCUUGCUUUCGCCCCUUCCUGCGGCGAACCUGUCUUCUUUCCCAGUCCUCAACAGCACCGCUCCUAACCUAUUUUCCUAUUUCUCCCCGCACUCAACCGCCGACUCUGGACACCCUAUUUUUUCCUCAACUCCUCACGAAUCGCAGUUUCGCAAUUCCCUUCCCGCCUCGGCUACAACUCCCACCUGGUUUCACCUCGAAUCGGGAAUGAGCGCUUCGACAACGCCAACCAGCGGCCACCCACCCACCCACACUACGCAGCACGUUUUUGGAAACGCAGCAAAUAUGCCGAGCCCAACCACACCAACCUCCCAGUCUGCAUCGGUGCAUGUGGGCUCAGCGGCGAAUAGAGUCAACCAGGCGUGUGCCAGCUGCCGACGGAAAAAGGUGCGCUGUAACGGCGUCCAACCAACCUGCGGCAAUUGUCUGGCCCGCGGAGUAGAGUGCACGUACCUGGCACAAAAGAAGCGCGGCCGCCCGCCCAAGGCCCAGCAGCGCCAGACAGUCAGCAGCAGCAGUCAGCAGCAGCCGUCACAAUGGCCGAGCAACAGCGCACCGACCACGCAUUUUGUCCCCACUGGGCCCAAAACCCCGCCUGCCAGCGCCGGGUUCCCAGUUGGCCAGGCUCAGCAGGCGCUGUCGAUUGCUAGCUCGAUGGUAUCAGGCCCUGAGUACUUUAGCCAGUGGGUAUCGUCGGCCAAUCCUGCACAGUAUCCAGCUCACAGCGGGUCCAUCAUAACCACGUCGACAAUCCCCAUCGAUCCCCAGCAGCAGCAACAGCACACGUUCUCUGGGGCCGAUCAUGCAAUGUCAUUAUACUCGUCGUCGAUUGGAUCUGGCCCGGGUCCGCUGAAUCAGUCGCACGUUGCCGCUACUUCUGCUGCAGCCCACCUGACCACUGCUGUCCCCGUCGCCAACAGCAGCAACAGCAUUAACACAAACGGCAACGCAGCCGUCGACAGCGGGUGUUUACAAACAUCGCAGCAGCAGCAGCAGCAACAGCAGCAACAGCAGCAGCAGCGCCAGCCUCACCCAUUCGGCAAUCAGUCGUCCGGAGCUCAGAUGCAGCCUGCGAUCGCCGACGACGCAGCGCCGAAUUCUAUCCACCUGGGCCAGCCACAGACCGCGCCGUACAACAAUUCAAAUUACCUAGACUUUGAUUCGCUCAACCAGCAGGGCAGUGGGCUGCUAUCGGGCUACUUGGGCUCGGCCCAGACCGACGUGCAUGGAUCUGACUAUUUUGGCUCGUUCUCAACCGGGCCCGAUGCGCCACAACGCAGCAGCCUAGAUGACAUCGAUUUGCAGAACUUUUCGUUCAACUUCGGCACCAACUUGCAGGGAUUUGACGGCUCGGCUAUGGCGGCAGCGGCAGCUGCUUCCGCCGGAGUUGGAAGUGCAGCCGGCACAUCGGCGGCGAUCACCGGCGGGACUGCAGUGUCAACUCCAGGUGGCGAUGACCACCCGGGAAUGCACCAUAUGGCCUCAAACGAUGCCGCACUCCUAUCCCCGCCUUCCAGGCAGUCAGCUCUCGGCGGCCCCACGCAAUGGAGCGCGACGCCGCUAUCGUUCACUCUCGGAAACGUCGCGAUUGCCAUGGCCAAAAAGGACACCAACGCCGACUAUGUGCAGAGCACCCUCGACCACCUGUCGAUGCGCUGGUGCAUGCCAAAGAGGCAGCCGCCGAGGCCUGUCGCAACGUCUGCGCACAGGGAUCCCGACGAGAUCACGGCUGUGCACACCCCAAUCCACGAGUCGCUGCUUCGCCUGGAGCGCCGCGUCGAGCUGGCAGAGAGGGCCGUACACAACUACUUUUGCUUCCUGCACCACCAGAUGCCAAUCAUCCACAAGCCCACAUUCAUCUCCCAGCUGCGUGAUGGCACCGUCAACCACUUUGUGUGGUUCGCACUGCGCGCUCUCUCCUCGCGCAUAUUCCUCAACACGCACAUGCUGCAGAACGACGAGGUGCUCAUCGAGGAGGACGUUGAGGUUGUGCAGGGCUUGGCAUUGCUUUCCCUCUUUGUCUACGGAACGCCGCGCUGGCAGGAGGCGUCCAUGUAUUGGUGCAAGGCCACACGCUUGGCCCAGCUGAUGGACUUCCAUGUGAUUGACGCCCCAACGCGUUCAAUCGCAACGCGGAUGCACUUUGGGAUAUUCGAGCCGCCCAAGCAGGGCAGCACACACAGCAACGAUCUGGCGCUGACUCCCGGCGACUUCGCUGGCCAGUAUGUGCCGCUGUCGCUUGGCGCUGACGCCCUUGGAGGCCGAGCUGCGGCGGCGCCUGUGGUGGGUGCUAUUCACAAACGAACGGUUCUGCUCAAUCGCCGAGCGGCUGCCGACCAUGGUCGACGAGUGCCGCAUGUUUGUGCACUUCCCGUGCAACGCACGCGAGUGGGACCGCCCAGUCUUCACCUAUCAGGCACCCGAUCGCGUGCCGCGGUAUCUGCGCGAGGGUACACGCGCACGCGGCCAAGCGACGACCUGUACAAGCUGACUCUGGGCCAGGAGAUGCGUCUGCGCAAGAACGACAAUCUGUACAUGAUGUCUGAGAUCGAGUACGGCUUCACCAUGAGCCACCUGAUGUCGUGGACCGACAAGAUGAAGGCCCUGCGUGCCAAUGUCGAGCGCGUCGAGCGCAUCUGCGAGAUGCGACGCCAGUCAACCAAAACAGCAAACCCUGGACGCCGGUCUCGCAGCCCGGCUCGGCUACCCACAGCAGCGCAGCCGACGGAAGCAGCCGACGCAACUCACGGCCCAACGGCUUCAACGACCCGCUGCUUCGACUGCGAGGUGUACGCGCCUGGAAUCGAGUUCCCACACCUGCACUACUUGGCCAUGCUGAUCCUGUAUUCGGCACUGAACAUGCAUCUGUACCGCAUGGUGUUCCAGAUCCACUAUGAGUACUCGAGCUCGCUGCCAGCGCCCGACCAGCGCGUGCAGGAGGACAAGGAUCUCCUGGCUGCGUUUGACCAGUACGUCAAGGACCUGUGGCUGCGAACGACCACGGCGGCCCAGCAGGUGUCGCGUAUCCUGCGCGGGGAGUACCCGGGCAUCCCGCCGUCGGUUCUGGCGCUGGCGGGCAUCCGCAAGCCCAGUGACAGCUCGCACAACACGCCCAACAACGUGCCCGGUGAUGGCCCCGAUUCGCUGAACAGCGACGCAAUGGACGUUGACUCCGAGGUGUCUACGGAGCCCGUCAAGCCAUUGUCGCACAAGGACCGGAUGAAACAGGUGUUCCAGGAGAAGAUCAAGGCCCAAGAGGCACACCUGCGCCAGGUCGCCAUGUCGGUGUUUGGCGUCCUACCGCCGCACGCUGCCGUACUCGCUGCUGCUCGCGGCCAAGAUCCACAUCGACAAUAUCGAGUGGUGGGCCAAGGAGAACCAGGAGAGCAAGACAGUCCACGCGUACCUGGAUCCUGGCCGAGAUCGUGCGGUUCCUCGAGACACACCAGACAGCGUUCUCGAACACCGACUACGUGUCGCUGGUCAAGGGCGUGA